UUCGUAAAAUGGACGAUGGAAAGAAUGAAUACACUGUACCUAUAUCUGAAAAUGAGAUUUCUUGUGAGAUAUUCGAGAUUUCUGCAGAAGACUUGGCGUUAUAUACAUGGAGAGAUCGUAUAUGCGUUCAAAGAACAAACUGCGAACCCACGAUGAGCAAAACUGUUUCAAUAGACGCCAAUGCAUCUGAUUCUGUAAAGGAUGUCAAGGCUAAAUUUUUGGAGAAUGAUAAUAUCACAUGCACAAGAACAGCACGUCUCUUGUUCGAAGGCAUGGAACUUGAAGAUGACUACACAUUGUCGGAUUAUGACAUUCAACCACAGUCAACCCUUAAUAUAGAGUUAAGCAUCAAUAUACAA